AUGGGAUGUUCUAUGGACAAGUCCGAGGAAGCUCUCAACAACCGGUACAGGAUGGCGAUUAUUGCAGACCCACAACUGACAGACUGGAUGUCAUACCAUCAAUCAGGUCUCCUUCUGGCGUUGGUCGAGGCGUACACGGAUAUCUACAUGAAACGGAGUUUCCGCCGUCUGCGUGCGUCGCUACGUCCAGACGCUGUCCUCUUCCUGGGCGAUUUGAAUGAUGGCGGCAGGAAAACGGAUAAUCAAACGUUUGUCAAGAACACGGGGCGGUUCUUUGAAUGGAUCUUCGCGACCAAGAGUAGUGCCUGGAACCAGGAACCGAUUGUAGCGGAUGCAUUGGUGGGCGAAACGGCAGCUUCUGCUUUAGCAGAAGAACUCCAAAACGGCAAUAGCAAGGAGGACAAUAGCAGCUACUUGAAGAAGAGACAGGAAUUGACGCAGGAGGAGAAGGCUGCGAAGGUGGACAUUACAGGCCAUUAUGUCCAACGAGUCGGGGUGCCCCUGGAAGCUGAGGAGCGUCGAAAGAUUCGUGAAUCAGGAAGAAGUCUGAGGCUAUAUGUGGCGGGUAAUCACGAUGUGGGAUUUGGCGAUACGUUGAUCCGAUCGUCGAUGGUGCGGUACAAGAAGGUCUUUGGAUCGGUCAACUAUGAGGUCAAUGUGGGCAACCAUAGCUUGGUUAUUCUAGAUACUCUCGCUCUGAGUUCAAAGGUCCCCUCUAUCCGCGACGAAUCACAGCAGUUCCUGGACCAUAUCAAGCAAGGUAUUUAA